CUCCCUCUCUGUCUGCCCAUGAACAUAUCCUCCCUCCUCUGUUCAGAGGACCCUCCCUCUGACCGGGGAGCCAUUCCAGAGCCAGUCGUUCUCGCCCCUCAUCUUGUCAGACCACAGCAGCAGCAGCACACUCAGUCCUCAAAACUCAAUCUUGAGGCCCUUGUUCAUGCUGCCGACCAAGAACGAAGGCGCCUGAGUUCAGAUUCACAUCAUUCCUCACGUUCGCCUCACGACCCCUUAAUCUAUUCCUACCCACAACGCGAUGUCGACCGUGAACAUGAAGGUUGGGAGAGGGAGAAAGAGCAGCGUGAACGCGAAAAAGAAAGAGAACAGGCUCAGCGGGAAUGGGACCGAGAGCAGCGCGAGCGAGGGCGUGAACGUGAACAAAGGCAAUAUUUACACCAACAACAACAGCAGCACCAACGUCAACAACCACACCAACAAAAGCAGCAUCACCAGCAACAAUAUGACCAAAAUCAUCAGGAUCGUUUCUACCGACAACGAGAGCAACGUCAGUACCAUCGAGACUCAAUCCUGAGCUAUUCGUCUCGUCCAGAAUCCCUAUCUCCUCGCUCUCACAUUCCUUUAUUCGAUCAGCAGCCCACUCUUAGGGCCUCUGCUUCACCCAAGAUAUCAAAUCUUCUCUCGUCUCCCCACGUUUCACGUCUUCCCCUUUCACACUCACCCACAUACACGGCUACUGACGUUCCAUCACAACCACGGCCUAUUCCAAAUUCCUCCUCUCACCCUCCACCUUAUACCAUUUCUAUUCCCUCAGACGACGAAACUGACCAUGAUCGAUCCAGUAAGAAGUGUCGACAUUCAGAUUCAAUUGCUCAGCAAAUUCAUCAUGAAUUCGACGUGGAACGGCUCAACAAGGAAAGAGAACUCAUGACCUCUUCUGGCCUUGGUUAUGGCAGAGGGCAUCUCCCACCUCAAUCCAUACCCCCGGACACUAUUAAGCUUCCCCUAUCCCCCGAUUCCGUCAGGCCAACCACAUCCUCCAGGAAACCCGGUUCGUCGGGCUAUAGCUAUGAUCCUGUUCAUGAUCAAGAUACUCCAUCUCCAUUACCACCGCCUAAACGACCUGCUUCCGACAUUACGGAUGAAAAGGACCGAGAAAGGGCUAAAAACUCUAUCAUUUUUCUCACCGGCGGCAUUCAAGGCAACACCAGGGAAUAUCAUUGUCAACCUUCUCAGCCCGCACCGCUGCUUCCCACAUCCAGGGAGCAUCGUGUGGUCAGCCCAGCCGGUCGCCGUUCUCCUCCAGGCAGUCAUGUUGGUCGGGCCUUGGCUGCUCGUCAUCAUGAUCAUAGUCAUUUGCAGGACACGGCCCUCAGUCGGGUCAAGGUGGAGAGACGAGAGUCGGCACUUCCCCCUACCCCAGUGCCACCUACAGCUCCUGUUCCAGAUUUUCUCAGAUCACAGUCCUUGGAAGUAACAGAAAAGGAAAAAGAGAAGGAGAAGGAUAGGCUUCCUGACAAGAAAAAGGCACGCUCUCGCACCUCGAAUGAGGUUGUAGUCCGUCAAGAAGAUGUUUAUAAAACACCUAAGACGGCAGCGUUCUCUUACUCCCAUCCGCAUUCUCCUGCACCUGCAAAGAAUCGUCAUGAAGAUGAUGCUCAUGAGUGGUUUUUGGAGCAGUUCGAUGAUGAUGCAGCGUCCAAAUGCCCUCGUUCGCCAUCUCGCAUUCCAUCGCCAUCACCUUCUGGUGUCCCUGCAUUACCAUCUGCCAGAGGUCAAUCCAAAAGCCCGGUCGUGCACAAACGGACGCCGAGUCCUGUUCAAGAUGCAGUGAUGGCAUUGGAGCAGGAGUUGGACGAUGUCAUUGAUAAUCGGAAAUCUCAGGAAGAGUCGAAUGAGAUGGAUGUCGAUCAGGCGGUCACCGAACUCGUUGAAGAGACCCUUGGUGUGGACGAAGAGGAAGGGAAACAGAUGGAAGUUGAUGUGGAAGAUGAACUGUUAAGCCUGGUUGACGAUCGACCAACACCAACCAUUCCUUUCUCUCACGGGAAUCGACAUAUUUCUCAAAUAACGAACGAGGUCAAGGGCAAACAACCAUCUAUGAAGACAUCGACAUCACGACCAGAAUCGCCGUCUAUAGCUUCGCCUUCAUUUCGUUCACCAAGCGCUCGCGCAGCUUCACCUCGACAGACCUCUGAGCGUGACUCGAUGCCUCCCCCUGCCCUACCCGCUACACCCAAAGAAUCAGGCAAAAACAAGAAGAAUGAGGAGAGAGCGUCGGCUGGUCAAUCAAAGAAGCGGGGAAAGCCUGGUCCUAAACCAAAGGCUCGCAACGCAGACGGUACGAUCGCAGGAGCAACACCGCCACCUCCCCCCAAACCUCGAGGCAAGCCUGGCCCAAAACCCAAGCCGCGCGAUCGGGACGGAAACAUCAUACGAACUCCUGUCACUCCUGUCGCACCGGUCAACAAACCGUCUGCUCUAACACCCCCAGUUCUCAGCCGGAGCGUAUCGACAUCGCAACAAGCACGAUCGCGCUCUGCGUCAGCUUUACCCGGCGGUUCAGUGGGACCAGAAGAAGGUUUAAAGCCAGACGAAGGCACUGACUCUGAUGCCGCUGCCGCAAACGAUGACGACAAGUUGUACUGCGUGUGCAAGACCCGGUACGAUGAGGACAAGUCUAUGAUCGCUUGUGAUACAUGCGAUGAAUGGUACCAUACGAAUUGCGUUGACAUGCCAGACCAUGUGGUCGAAUUGGUCGAUCAGUUCGUUUGUCCACCCUGCGCUGCGAAAGACCCUUCGUUAAAGCUCAAAACUACUUACAAACCUCGAUGUCUUUUUGGAUUGCUACAACCGGAUCCCGAUUCCCCGAAAUCAUGUCAUAAGCCGGCCCGCACGUACUCCAAGUACUGUUCAGAUGAGUGUGGCAUGAAGAAUAUCAGCAAAAGAGUAGAUAUGUUCGUCAGACGUGGUGGGAACAAGACGCAACUAUGGGAGACCGUCAAGAAUGCGGAGAAACGAGAGGGUCUUGUCCGAUGUGUAGAGGAAUCCAGUGAGCGGGGCAAGCCGGUGAUCAAGGAGGUCAAACCCAAGAAGAGCGCAAAAGAGAAGGAAGUUGAUCGGCUGAAUGGGCUUUUGGAUGACAUCGCGAAGGUCAGGGAAGAGUUGAAGAGAGGGAUGGAGAUUAUUGCCUGGAGAGAGCAGCUGAUCGAGCUGGCCGCAGAGCGAGCGAAGGCGGUCAAGGAAUGCGGGUGGGAUCAGAGGUUAUGUUUUGCAGACGAAGAGUGGGCCGAGCAUGGUGAACACGUGUUGGAAUCAUAUCGAGGUGAUAAAAUGGAGAUGGAUGCCGAGGGUGGGGGUGAGGAUGCUGUGUGGUGGUGCACCGGUGAGGAAGUUUGUCGUCGUCAUGCUGGUUGGCAGGCUCUCCGCACGAAAGAUGUAUGCAAGGAGAAAGAGAAGAAGGCAGACGCGCUUAACAAGCUCACCUCGAAAGAACGAGAAAUUCGCAAGCAUAUCGAAAACAUCAUCGACCUCGACGAUGAUGGCGCUCCGCCUGCACCUCUCAAGUCGAGCAACAAACAACACCACGGGAAUACGAGCAAACGGAAGGUCAACGGUGACGUUGCUGCGAACAAGAAGGGCAAGAAAAGGAAAGCCCCUACGUGAAGUAUAGAAAUCUAUUGUAUUCUUUAUGACUACCGUUAUCCUCCUUCUUGACCCUUUCAUACGUAUAAUCGUUUCUGCGACACACUUAUUCUCGCUAUCCUCUUA